AUGUAAAAAUAAUAAGAGUAAGAAUAAAAGAGAUCUUCUUCUGUCUUUAACAAAUUAUUGUGGAUUGUUGUAGGUGUCUUAGCAGCCUACAAUAUAAAAUUGUAUAUUGAUCAUAGUCCUAGUGCUCAUUAUGAAAUAAUAGGAAAUGGUAAUAUUUGAGUUUAUGAUUAGAAAUUAGAAUGUAUAAUGAUGGCUAAUACUUAAAAGACUCUUAAUUAUCUUCAUUAUCAAAAGUGUUAUCUAAAAAUCUUUAGACAACUAAAUUAAAUGCAUAAUUGUCAAUCAAUCAUAUUACUGAUUUUAGAGACUUCUUUAAUAGUUUAGAGAAACUACAAAAUUUGAAUGAAUGUAAAACUUAUUUAAUAUAUAAUUUAGUAUCUCUAUCUCUUGGAAACAAUCCAAUAAUAAAUGAAUAAGCAUAAGCCAAUGCCUUGAGUUAAGCAUUAUCUAGACUCACAAAAUUAAAUACAUUAAGUUUAGGACUUGAAUCUAUUUUCAAUUAUGAGAAUAGAGAAACUAUAAUAAAAGGAUUAAGUAAAAUUUCUGGAUUGAAUACAUUACGUGUUUCUCUUAUUAAUUGUGAUUUAUCAGGGAAUGGUUUAAAAUCACUUUAUGCAUUGACAGAAUUAUAAAAUUUAAAGUCUUUAGAUUUAUUAUUAGUUGGUAGUAAAUUGAAAGAAGAAGAAAUGAAACAUUUAUAAACAAUUUUACACAAACUUCCAAAAUUAACAAAAUUGAAUCUUAAUCUUUAUGCAAACAAAAUAUAAAUAGAUGGAGCUAUAACAUUAAGCGGAGGAUUAUUUUAAUAAAGAUAAUUAAAAGAAUUUGGAAUAGAAUUAUAUUUUAAUAAUAUUACAACAAAUGGAACAGAAAGUUUGAUGGGAGUAGUUGGUUCAAUGGAGAAUUUAAUAUCAUUAAAUUUAGGUUUAGAAUUCAAUUAUAUAAAUAAUGAAGGAGGAAUAUUAGUUGGAAAAGCAUUAUCAUAAUUAAAAAAUUUAAAAGAUUUAUCUGUAAAUGCCGCUACUAAGAAUUUUGGUUGGGAUGGCUAUGAAGCAAUUGUAAGUUCAAUUGAAAAAUUACCACCUUUAGAAAAUUUAGAAUUAAUAAUUGGUGUAAAUAAAUGUGGUUUACCUGGAGCAGAAUUAUUAAAAUAAACAUUGUUUAAACAUGAUAAAUUAAAAUCUUUGAAAAUUAAUUUUCUAGAAAACUAUAUUGGUGAUGCUGGUGCAACAUUUAUUGCUGAAGGAAUUUAAUAUUAAAAAAAUCUAUAAAAAUUAAGUGUAAAUAUGAAUUUUAAUUCAUUAUCUGACAGAGGUGCACUUGAAUUAGCUAGAGCUGUUAAAAAUGCUAAAUCUCCAAAAGUAUAAUAUUUCUUAUAAUUAUUAGAUUGUUGAUUUGAGAGUCAGUUAAAAUUAAAUUACUGAUAAAGGCAUCAAAGAUAUAUUUUCACUUUUAGAAUAAGCACUUCCUAAAGUAGAUUUAAUGGAAGUAGAAUUAUUAAAUACUGCACUUACAAAUGCAACAAGAGAUGAUAUAGAACUCAAAUAUAAAGAAAUUUAAAAAUUGUAAAUUAGAUUAAAUACAAUCCCACCAAGUCAUUGGGAAUGA